UACAGUCGAAGCUCACGAGUCAGACACGCAAUCUGUAACACUGCCCAUACAUCGCCGAAUCGCAUGAAAAUGGCCACCACCACCAGUUUAUCAAAAUUAAAUGGAUAACAAUAAUUGGAGACCUAAUCAAGGUACUGAAGCCAAUAUGGAUACCAGUGAUUGGAGAGGUGGACUGCUGCAAGAGUCACGCCAAAGAAUUGUCAACAGAAUAAUGGACACGUUAAAAAGACAUCUUCCUGUUUCUGGUCAAGAGGGAUUGCAUGAACUUCAAAAGAUUGCUCAAAGGUUUGAAGAGAAGAUUUUUAGUGCUGCAACAAGCCAGUUUGAUUAUCUACGGAAAAUAUCAUUGAAGAUGCUUACAAUGGAGACUAAAUCCCAGGGCAGCAUGGCCAACGCUCCAAAUCAAGGUGGUCCAAGUAAUAAACCUCCCGGUCCAGGGCUUGUAAUUCCAUCUCAAGUUCACAAUCCUGGGCAGCUACAUUCUAUUCCUAUGCCCAAUCAAUCCCAGGCACGCCAACAACUUAUGCAAAAUAAUAUUGUCGCACUAAUUUUUACUUUUGUUCAUAAUUCCAUACCAUAGAUUGUUCCAUAGAUCGCCCCAUUCAACCAGCCAAGACACCGAAAACACAACAAACCAAUGAAUCAUAGUAAAAUUGAAAUUGAAAUGAUUGAACCAAAUUGAAUUAUAGUUAUCUUGUAGUUCUAUCAAACAAUUCCCGAAAUUCAUCACAAUGUAUAAUAGUAUCUAAACCUCCUGAGAACAUCCAGAUACAAGAGCCUGAAAAAGAUAAAAACAGAGAUAAUAUCAAAAUGAAAAGGGUGGGAGAGGAGAACAAAGUAACGAAAUUAAUGGGAUUUUUUUUUUUCGUUUUUGUUUUGAUUUCAUUUGGUUUAUGUUUUCACUUUUGCUUUGAUUUU